CCACAACCUCACUGUCCUGACUGUGAAGAACCCCCUACGUUGCUUCAAUAUUAGUUUUUAAAAGGAAUCACUGCAACAAGUAACGUGAUUGAGGGCAUCAACCAAAACCACAGCUGGUCAAUAUUUACGGUUUCAAUCGUUUUUUAUUGAGAAAUUUUUCAACAGUCAUUAAAGGUCAAAUUUUAUAUUUUGACAUAUCCAUAAUAGUAAGAUGAUUACAUUUUUAAUACAAAGAAAGUUAAAAAAGUUUUAGUGUAAUAGCAUCAAGUUCUCUAAGUAAUUCUAGCUGGUCAAUAUUUAGAAGCUAAUCAUACCAAUGUGUUUUUGUCUUUGCAAUUUUCUUUAAUAGGAGUUAAUCUAGGGGAUGUCACCCUAAAAUUGCCUUAAGUGCUACAACCCUAAUAGCAAAAUACUUUCAUAUUAAGGUGUGUUCAAGAAAGAUUAUAUCACUAGGCUCUGUAUAUACUGCAAACAUCCCAGGGUAACGCUUUCAUUUACAAAAUAAAGGAAUUUAUGGAGGUUAUUUCUACUCAAGCUGCCCUGAACCACAGCAAUAAAUUGAAAGUAAUUAACCUGCCAUGUGCUGUACCUGUUUCAUAAGUCGCUGUUACUUAAGCACAAAGUCUCAGAGAUAAGAUUCACAUGUCUGCUGGAAUAGUACAUAAAAGACCCAUCCUCGUGCACGGCAUUUACACCUCAAGCAACAAUACGGAGCAUAACCCGCAACACCUGCUCUGCCUAGAAAUUGCAUAUUGUCUGAGCUGAGAUCAUGGCUAAACACAACUGGCUGCUGUUUUCCCUUAUCAUCCUCACGGCAGUAUCAUAUAUAGUGACUGUAGCAUUCAAUGCUUUAUCAGCAAUAACAAACAAUGGUGUAUUUGCAACAACUGCAGGCAACAUUUCCGACAGAUACUCCCUGGAUGUCACCCCUGCAGGCUGGACGUUUUCAAUCUGGUCUGUGAUCUAUAUUUGGAAUGGGGCAUGGAUCAUCUAUGUUGUCACCACACUUUUCAGAAGAAAUGCUGAGGGCUAUAUAUAUGUAACGGCCAGACUGCACCCUCCUGAAUUUUUUGUGGUAUGGAUCGUUAACAACAUAGUCAACAUCGGCUGGCUUUUCCUGUGGGAUCAAGAGAUCCUGAUAUUUGCCAAUGUGUUCAUAGUUUUGCUGCCAAUUUCACUAUACCUGAUGCUUGCCAUAUCAUACCGCAACUGCUAUAAGUAUGGCGCUUGGAUGUCUCAAAACAACCCGUCUGACUUGUGGUGCACGCGAAUCUUGGUGCAUAAUGGAUUAGCAACAUAUGCUACAUGGACAUCAGUCGCUACAUUCCUCAACUUUGGAAUUGUCUUAAAAUAUUAUGUUAAAAUAGAGGAUCCGAAUGUCAGCAAUAUCAUACUGUGCCUCAUCUUCCUGGCCCUGGUCUUCUGGCUUAUGAUGGAAACAUUUGUCUUUGAAAAAUAUGUUCGCUAUACUUUUACUAUAUAUCCUGUGGCGAUUGUUGCUGCUGUUGGAGUAUAUACUGGAAGUGAGACUUCAUCUGAGCUGUCAACAGUUAAUAUGAUUAACGUGGUGAUUAUCGGAGUGAGUUCCUUUGCAUGUCUCUUGCGCAUCAUAUUGCUCUUCACAUGCCAUAAACUGAGGCCUUUGUUCUCGGAGAAAACCUUGAACACAUUUAAGGAAGAAAUAAUUGGCAGCGGAAAGAAGACAUUAGGAAUCCAAGGCCACAUCAAUCCAAUCACCAUAGAAAUGGCAGAAUCUUGACUUGAAACCAUAAGCAUUUCUGUACGUUGUUGCUUUAUUUAUUUGUAAUGUUGGAACACAGUUUAAAACAGGGACAUUAAUACAGUAUUUUUAAACAUUUAUUUUUUUCAAUUUGGGGCCCUUUAAUUUGUGUUGUUCAGAACCCCUCUAACCUUGGAGCUGGAUGAUCAAUUGUUGUUUGUAUCAUUUGCUGAUUUCUUAUAACAAUGUACUGUAUGGAUUCUUUUAUAAAAUAAACACA